AUGCUUAAAUUUUGGAAUAGUACUACGAGCAGAAGAUCUAUUCAAGUAACUGCUGCUAAUCCGAUCUAUACUCCUCCGAUCUGCGAUACGAAGAGAGCAGCAAGAUGUCGGAGGAUUUCAGUUGUCGUGAACGGAAUAGGAGGAGGAGGAUCGGCCAAGUACAAAGGAACACAGAUGAGAGAGCAAAAGCUGACGGAAUUGAUCGAGUCAAAAGUCGCUGAAGCGACGCAAGUUUGCGAGGGAGAUCGUGAUUCCGACGAGUGCAAGGUGGCGUGGGACGAGGUGGAGGAGGUGAGUCAGGCGAAAGCUGAUCUCCGGCGAAAACUGGAGGAGAACAAGGAUCCUUUACAGUCGUUUUGUGAGGAAAAUCCUGAGACGGAUGAGUGUCGUAUCUACGAAGACUGA